UGCAGUUUGUUGACGAAAAGUGGACGGUAGCUUGUGAAAUUUAUAAGGAUUACUGUGCAGUUGCGCUGUGCAGGAUGCAACAUUGACGUUAAUGAAUGUAGAACAUCUGCAACGUUAGAAUGUGAUGCCUCUAUUUUCUGAUAUGUUCCUAAACAUUUGAAUUCGGCAUCAUCCUCAAGUGACCAUGUUUGUCCUCGCGGAGAUGAAGGAUACUGUCCGCCUUCCUCCUUGGCUCUUCAACCUUGACCAGAAAGAUGCCAUCAUUGAAACCCUCAACAAAAAACUGGCAAACAAGGUGGUGUACAAUGUGGGUCUGUGCAUUGCAUUAUGGGAUGUGCAGAGACUGGAGGACAGCUACAUCUUCCCAGGAGACGGAGCAUCUCACACAGUUGUUCACUUCCGCUAUGUUGUAUUUCGGCCAUUUGUGGAUGAGGUGUUGAUCGGGAAGAUCAAGAGCUGCAGCAAGGAGGGUGUACAAGUGUCAAUUGGAUUCUUCGAUGACAUCCUCAUCCCACCUGAUGCUCUCCAACAUCCAUCCAGAUUUGAUGAGCAGGAGCAGCUGUGGGCGUGGGAGUACCAGCUGGAAGACGGCAACAAACACGACCUGUUCAUGGACAUUGGAGAGCAGAUCAGGUUCCGGGUUGUGGAUGAGAUCUUUGUGGAUACAACUCCGGCAGGUCCUGAUGGUGGUGCUGAACCCUCAGCCUCUGACAUCACCAUUGUUGACCCUGAGGCCAAGAAGUCACCUUACUCUCUGACAGGAUCCAUCAGCGAGUCUGGUCUAGGUUUGCUGUCAUGGUGGAACUCAUGAUAUUAGAUGAAGAUGUCAGUUAUUGGUGUCAUGGAGGAACUCAUUAUAUUAGAUGAAGAUGUCAGUGUCAGGAACAUUACAUGAAUCUAUGGAUUCCAGCGGAUAUUGUGUUCAUGUCAAUUAAUGAAGUUGACUCUGAUGGCUCAUAGUGAACAUUAGUGAACCAAUCACUGAUUGGUUAGAGUGGACAUUAUGUUUACAUCAAGUAAAGCCAUCAUUGAUUGGUUGAAGUGGACAUAAUGUUUACAUCAAGUAAAGCCAUCAUUGAUUGGUUGAAGUGGACAUUAUGUUUACUUCAAGUGAAGACAUCAAUGUUUAGUUCUAGAUGACAGUCAGGGUUUCAAAUGAAGACAUAAAAUAGAAUCCCAAGGGAAAUGUCUUACAACACCUAAUGAGUAUCAUCACUGAUUGGUUCUGGAUGGCAUUUUGAUAAUGUCUUCAGCUAAACAUGGAGUGGUCAUGGUACCAGUGACAGACAACAGACAGGAUCCUUAAGGACUUUGUGGUCAUGGCAGGUAACUGGAUUGGUUUCAGAGAAUAAUGUAAUGCUCACAUUUCCUGAACAUGUCUGUUAAGAUUACCUCAUGUGAUUGAAUAUUUAAUGAAAAUGUGUCAUGUGAUUGUGGACCAGGUCCAGUGUGCAGACUGCUUGAAAACAAAGAUGCUUGGCAAGAAAUUGUUUGAUUACCGUUCAGUAACAUUUCCAAAUCUUUUGGUCGGCAUGGUUGCCCCAGUCGUACAAGAUACAAGGUGCUGUAAUUUGUGUACAGACUUGCAUCCCUUAAACACAGAAUGAUCCUAUGAUCAUUGGUGUGAAUCCCUGAUUUACCCUGAUUAUGAUGAUUGGUUUGUCAGCGGCUUACCCUUCAUCACCAAAGUAGUAACUGUCUGAGAUUUUGGGCUUUCCUCUCAUAUUAUGCAUAUGAAAUACAUAUCACAACAGUGUUAAGCCACUCAAUCACUCCUUCAACAUGCUCAAAGUGUUCUGUAUCUGUACUCUAUAUGAUUAGUCGGUACAGAAAUUGUGCAGGUCCAGUGAUGUCAUUUCAACCUGAGUUGGUCAUAAUGACGGAUUUCAAGAUUGCAUGACCAUUCUCCUGGGAUAUUGGAACUGAUACAGCUAAAGUAAUUGAGGACUUUUUAUGGUGGACAAACAGUUUUUAUGCAUAUUGUUGGUUCAUAAAGCCAAUCUGUACAGCCCUACAUUCUAUACCAGCUUCUCCUGCACACUGAACUAUUUCCAUACGACUGCAGGAUUGCCCUUUUUUUCCCAUCCCCAAUUGCCCAGUGUGUAAUGUCUCCCUUCUGUUAUGAAUACCCUGGGCCCAUAUGCUGCCACAGCUUUGCUUUGAGCCCAGUUCCAAUAGAGCGAUAUAAAAAAUGGCCAUCCAUUGAAAUUCCUCUCACGAGUACACCCAUGGUUAAAUGUUCCUAGUUUUGCAGAACAAUAUUGUUAAGAUUGUUUACAUGUGCAUUAAAGUAAUGUCAUUCUUA